AUGUGUAGCGGCGAGCACAUGAAAAAUUGUGCCAGCUUAUUGGCUGGGGAAUCGUUUUCAUACAAUCAAAUUCUCCAAGCGACAGAUUGGUUCAGUGAAUCUAACCUCAUCAAGCAUGGUAGCUCUGGGGAUCUCUUUUAUGGAGUUUUGGAAGGAAGAACUCAAGUGGUAGUUAAAAAAAUCGAUCUUUCAUCGGUCAACAAAGAAUCCCUUUUCAUAGCAGACUUGGAGGUUCUUGGAAAGGUUUCUCAUCAUCAUAGAUUCGUCCCACUGGUUGGUCAAUGCUUGGAGAACGCGAAUGAGAAGCGUUUGGUUUACGAGCAUAUGGCUAAUAAGGAUUUGUCGACUUCUUUGUCUAGAAAAAUCGAAUCAGGUAAUCGUAGAAAAUUACCAUUCCUGGACUGGAUAACAAGGUUGAAGAUAGCAACUGAAGUUGCUGAGGCUUAUCUUUACUAUUUUAGCGACAUUCAAGCAAGUAGCCUACUUCUCGAUGACAAGUUUGAGGUGAAGUUAGGAAGCCUUUAUGAAGUCUGUGCAGAAGAAAAAGACAUGCGUCAGACUGCUACUUCAGAAAAAGAGAUAAGUGCCAUGGCAUUUGGAGAAGGCACUUUUGCUGCAGCACCAACAACUUCACUGCUACAAGAUAUCAAGAGGGCAUCGGUCAUUUGGGACCAAGAAGCUGGUAGGUAUGUUUCUGUCCCAGUUCCAGCUUCAGAUACACGUGGUAGAUCAUUCGUACCUGAAGGGUCAAAGACAAGUACAGGACUAAAAAAUGAUGACAAGAGGCCAGUAACUUUUUUGUCUCCCGGUACAUCUAAUGACAGUUAUGCAUCAUGUGCCUAUGAUGUUUAUAGCUUUGGAAAGGUUCUGCUUGAGCUAGUCACUGGAAAGCUGGGUUUAACUGCCACAGAUGAUUCCGCAUUGAACGGUUGGAUGGAAAAUGUGCUGUCUUAUAUUCUCCCUGAUGAUGUGGAAGUUGUUGUAAACAUCAUUGACUCGUCUUUGGUCAGAGCUAAGCAUCUUUUGGCCCAGGCAUGGGCUGUUUCUUUUAUUGCUAAGGCAUGUCUCAGUCCUGAAUCUUCUGAACGACCCCGGAUGGCUCAGAUACAUCUUGCUUUAGAGCAUAUUGAAUCAGCAAGUUUCACUAAUAAAAACCUCAACUUUACCGGUAAUCAUGACUCAGUUAGAUCUGCAGCUAUGGAGAUUGCAAAGAUACUUUGGGGAUGCAAAAUAGUAGGAAGGACAGCACAGGCAACUGCUUCUGGAACAACUCUAGGCGGAGGCACUGCCUCAAGGAACCAUCGAAUCUCAGAAGCUGGUGACUUUGAGGAGACCUAUCCAAAUGGAGGGAUUUUCUCUCAGCUCAAUUUAACUAUUUUCUAUUAUGCAGAACUCAAGGCUGCAAUUAGACAUUUUGGAAGUGAUAUAGGGAUGAGAGAACUGGAAUUUGGUAGAGUAUACCAAGCAUGGCUUCAAGACAAAUCCACGUUGAUGCAUGGCAAGGGAUCCAUAGUUGCUGUUAGAAAUUUGUCCUCCGAAACUAAGCAGCUAUUAAAGUCCCGUAUAAGCUCACUUGGAAGACUUUCUCAUCCUAACCUAGUCAAGUUCCUUGGAUAUUGCGAGGACAAAGAGCUAUGUGUUGUCCAUGAAUUUAUGCAAAGUGGCAGCCUAGACAACCAACUCUUUGGAGCGGGCUCUGAAGUUCAGCCACUUUCCUGGGACACAAGACUUAACAUUCUAAUUGGAGCAGCUCGAGGCCUAGCAUUCUUGCAUGCAACACAGGAGCAAGGUUUUUAUGAAUAUUUCGGUACCUCAGACAUCUUGCUUGAUGGUGCUUACAAUGCGAAGAUAUCGGGUUUUGGCACUGCAAAGAUAACCCCUCUAAGUUAUCUCUAUGAUGUACAUCCUAAUUUUUUUAGGAAUGGAAGAUAUGUUGAUGCUCCUCCUGAGAAUGUCUUCCCAGGUGCAAAUGCAGGGCUUAUGAAUGUGAAGAGUGAUGUGUAUGGUUUUGGUGUGGUAUUGGUUGCAAUGCUAACAGGUUUAUCUACAAAAGGGAGACAGCGGCUUAAUUGGGGUGAAAUCAAUCCAGUUCUGUGCUUUAUGGAUCUCAAAAGAGACAGAUUGGAGAAAAUUAUGGAUCCAAAGCUAAAAGGCCAAUAUUCUUUUAAAGUUGCACAAAAAUUAGGUUCUCUUGCUUCCAUUUGUCUUCAAUAUGAUCCUGAAUUCAGACCAUCGAUGAAAGUUGUUGUCGAGGUACUUGAACAUGUUGCAGCUGCUAAGGUGGAAACACAAAAGCCCUGGAUAAAUCAGAAAGCUCAUCAACAGGUCCAGCAACUUUAGCAGUCUCAAUAGUUCUAGAAUUCUAUCAAUGCUUUAAUGAAAUCCAGCCGAUAAUAGC